AACCAAAAGGUCCAUGUCCUGCUGCUGUCCUCCUGGCGAUCGGGCUCCUCCUUCCUGGGUCAGGCCUUCAACCAGCACCCAAACGUCUUCUACCUGAUGGAGCCCGGUUGGCACCUCUGGACCACCAUGCAGAAACCAGGCAUGCGCUCAAUGAAGAUGGCACUGAGGGAUCUGAUGAGGAACCUGUUCCUCUGCGACUUCUCCGUCAUGGACUCCUACCUUCCGGACCAGCGUAACAUUUCCUCCUUGUUCAUGUGGAGUCACAGCCGAGCGCUGUGUUCUCCUCCAGUCUGUUCUCUCACCCCACGAGACCAGUUCAGCAACCAGACGCUUUGUGACAAGAAGUGUGAUUCACGGGGUCUAGAGAAGGUCCAGGAGGCCUGCACCACCUACAGUCACGUGGUCUUAAAAGAAGUCCGGUUCUUUGAGCUGGAAUCUCUUUAUCCACUUUUCCAGGACCCCAGUCUGGAUCUCCGAAUCAUCCACCUGAUCCGAGACCCCAGGGCUGUGGAGCGCUCCAGGGAG